GCGCAUGCGAACUACCCAACAAAGGUGCGGGACUGGAGAAGCUCGUAGCGGUGCGGCAGGACAGCAGCAGAACAGAAGGUAGACUGAAUGGUAAAUUUAUGAUGUUUUAUAGUUAAUGAAAGAGAGAAGACGUCUGCUUCAUGGACAAAAUAAAGGAGACGCUGCUUUUCUCACUUCAUUCAAAGAAGAGCCGUUUUCCCUGAAAAUCCUCGAAAACCCGGCUGUCAUUUGAACCGGAGUCCAUUUCAGCUGCAGAGAGCAGAAUGGAUGAAAAACCUCUGGAGUAGCAAAAUCCCUGCGUUUUAUGAGUGAAAGAAGCAGCAGGGAGGUUCCAGCCGCCUAUUGUUCCUGUGGUGGGAUGCUACCUUUCUAGGUCUGCCUGCACUCAGCAUCACAGGAAGGAAUAUGGGAGAAGUUCAGGACGGCAGGGAUGAAAACAAGAGCUUUGUUGCUGCAGCUAUAAAGUCCUUCGAGCAUUAUGACUUUUCCCGAGCCAAGAUCUGUUGCAGCCUCAGAUGGCUGCUGGCAAAGGCAUAUGGUACAGACAGCGUCCCUGCAGAACUAAAGGACCCCUUCUACACUGACCAGUAUGAGCAGGAGCACCUGAAGCCACCUGUGGCCAGCCUCCUGCUAUCUGCUGACCUGUACUGCAGGGCUGGCAGCCUCAUCCUGAAGAGUGAUGCUGCCAAACCGCUUCUGGGUCACGAUGCUGUCGUCCAAGCGCUGGCGCAGCGUGGUCUCUACGUCACAGACCAGGAGAGACUGGUCACUGAGCGGGACCUGAGAAAGAGACCUCUGCAGAUGGGAGCCCACUUGGCUAUGAUUGACACCCUAAUGAUGGCCUACACUGUCGAGACUGUGAGCAUGGAAAAGGUACUGACCUGCAUUCAUCAAUACUCAUCCUGCAAGUUUGAGGAGGAACGACCAUAUGAUGCGGAGGACGCAGUGACCACCUGGAUUAACAAGGUAAAUGAGUAUCUAAAAGACAUUGUUACUCAGGAGCAGAAGAAGGAGACACAGAGUCCUGAGCAGACUGGGGGUCCUCGGUCUCCAACCAAGUGGUACAUGAAGCUUGUGCCUGCUCGCUAUAGGAAAGAGCAGGCCUCCACACAGCCGGCUCCAUGGAUCCCUCCAGUGGACAACCUGCUUAAGGACAGCACAGAUGGCUCAGCUCUGGGCGCACUGCUGCAUUUCUACUGCCCUCAGCUGCUGUCACUGGACGACAUGUGCUUGAAGGAGAGUAUGAGUCUGGCUGACCGUCUCUACAACCUGCAGCUCAUACAGGACUUCUGCAAAGACAACCUGAGCAGCUGCUGUCACUUCAGCCUGGAGGACAUGCUCUACGCCUCCUCCACCAUCAAGAAUAACUACCUGGUGUUUGUGGCAGAGUUGUUUUGGUGGUUCGAGGUGGUGAAGCCCUCUUUUGUAAAGCCAAGACAGCUUGGCAAUGAAGGCCCUGAACCUUCAUCCAUAUUGAAAAAUAUGCCAUUCAUUGCAAUCUCCAAAGCUACCAAGAGAAGUUUUAUGGAAAGACCUCCAAGUCCUGAAAGACCCAGUUUACCCCUUCGACCCCAGCCUCGUAAUACAGGAGAGAUCAAGAGGUCAAGCUCCAUGUCCUUUGUUGAUGGUAACAUCGGCACAUGGCCUAAAGAAAAAAGGUCUGGGCCUUAUGGAGUGUCAUUUGACAUCCCCUUUGACAAAGAGGAUUCUGAUCCUGUUGCACCUUCCUCUACACAUGGAAUGGUUCGAUCUAUCAGCACUGAUGAUGGUUUUGGUUUUAAGGUUCAACACAUGCCUCGGGGAAUGAAGAGGAACCUGUCGUUUCAACCAGUUAUUUGUCAGAGCAUUGGUAUUCAGGAGGAAGGCUGCCCUGACAGCCUUGCAGGAAUAGAGCCUUGUGGGCAAGCCUUCCCCAAUGGACAGGGAAUGGCAUCAGCUCCUUCUAUGGAGGAAGCUCUUCAAAUCAUCCACAGCCCAUCUAGGCCACCUUUUGAAGGCAUCAAUAAUGGCUUCUUCCUACACAACCAGGAUGCCAGGGAUGUUACUGUAGGCUCUGACCUUGUGUCAGAAUCGGAUUCCAAAGAACCUUUGAGCACCACAGACACUGCUGAGGUAGACACUGGAAUCCACAUCCGGACAGAAGACAUGUUAGAUGAAGAUUCUUCUUUGAAGGACUGCUCUGUAAAUAUGGAUCUAGAUGCAGACACCCCAAGCCCCUGUCCAAGUAAUCAGAGUAAAUCCCCUUCAGUGAAGAUGACCAGCUUUGCUGAGCAGAAGAUGAGGAAGCUCAGUCCAUCGGCACUAGAUUCAGGCAGAGGCAGCAGCAGCUCAAUGAAGACCACUCCAGAGGGCUCAGAGUUUGCGCUCCCACUGUCAGUCUCCUGGGCACCUACACCUGAGCACAGCCCCAUCCGUCAACAAUCAACGUCAGCAGUUACUACUCCGGCAACACCUGCGUCUGUCCAGCUUCCCCCCAAUGACCCUGCACAGGUCAUGGCUACAGAGAUGGUGCAGCUGAGGAUACGGCUUGAGGAGAAACGGAAGGCCAUUGAAGCUCAGAAAAAGAAAGUGGAGGCAGCUUUUACAAGGCACCGGCAGAAGAUGGGCCACUCGGCAUUCCUAAACAUGGUGAAGAGGAAGGGGGAUGGAGCCGCUAGUGGUGAUGCAGGCGGACAAGCAAAUGGAGAGGGAAAGUCUACAGGCGCAAGUCCAUCGUUUAAAUUUGGCAGGAGCAAGACAGAUACACCUGAUGGAGCAGAACAAAGCAGCACCCCCUCUUGUUGGCAGAAGACACCAGGCACAGGGGAUGAAGGUGGCCAAAGCCACGCUCAGGUAACCGAAGCUGAUCUCUCAGAGUAUACGCGUUCUAUCGAAAAGCUCAACCAUUCUUUAGCAUUCCUCCAGGCUGAGAUGCAACGCUUAGCGCAGCAGCAGGAAGUGAUCAUGGCCAUGAGGGAACAACAACAUCAGCAAGCAUGGGUCAUCCCCCCUCCUCAUACAAACCCCUCCCCACAGAAACACCCUCGAGCUGUUACUCGCUCUUCUGGACCUUCCUCUCCUGCCGACUCGCCUCGUUCCACCCAUCGGUCUCCAACCAACAUCAAACGUAAAUCUGCUUCCUUCCACUCACGCAAUCCUCGCACCGCUCGGCCUACUGAGCUGAAGGUGGCGCCGUACAGCCGCGUCCUGACAGCCCCGCAGUCAGUCGACAGCAUCCCAAGGCUGCGCAGGUUUUCUCCUUGCCAACCUUUGAUGAGCUCCUUUAUUUACAUGGGGGAGAAGCCAGCAGCGGCCGGUCCAGAAACAAUAGAACAAGACGGGGAUACCAUCCAGGAAACAGAUGCAGUCCUUUCCCCCAAGAAUGAACCCACAAGUAUUUGUGCUGCCAGCUCGUCUUACACUUCCACUAACUUGCAGAGAGAACAAGGUGAAGAAGAUUCAAACUUCCCAACCCAGGAAAUGGAAGCCCAUACCUAUGAAGAGAGCUCAGACCCCAUGAGCCAGAGAGUUCAGGAUUCAUUUAUUAAUCUGAAACCAACCAUAGAGUCUUCAUACCCAGAGGUUCUGGCCCACCCGGUGGUAGAGACCUUCACAGUGGCACCUACAGAGAUACCUUCAAAGCCAGAACCCUCCAGCCAGGCCAAAAUCAGUCUGAUUGAGGUUCCUCUGUCAGUUGUGAAGUCACUAGAGGAUCUGACAAUAGAUGAUGAUUUGGAGCUGGAACAAGAGAGUACUGAGAAUUUGAAUGAUGAGCAAAAGCUCUGCCGAGGAUUCUUCUUCAAGGAGGAUGGAAAGGCAGACGAGAACAUGGCACAGAGGAGAGCAGCACUGCUUGAGAAAAGGAUGAGGAGAGAGAAAGAGAGCCAAAUGAGAAAGGUGCAGCUGGAGGCUGAGUUGGAGCAGAAGAAAGAAGAAGCUCGACUUAAAGCAGAGGAGGAGCGUGCCAGGAAGGAGGAGGACAAGGCCAGGAAGGAGUUCAUCAAACAGGAGUACCUCAGGAGGAAGCAGCUGAAGCUGAUGGAGGACAUGGACACCAUCAUCAACCCUCGACCAGCCAAGCAGAAGCGAGGCCGACCCAAGUCCAUUCAUCGCGACAGCAUGGACUCCCCGAAGACCCCUGUGAGAGCUUCCACAGGUUCACGCCAACGUUUCUUUUCAGUCUCCAGCUUGUCUUUGGCUUCGCUGACCUUGGGCGACAGUGACAGUGUUCUCUCAGACAAAAGGGCGCCGAGAAGUUCUAGUUUAGCCUCUAGCAGUCUCUUCUAUUUUUUGAGCUCUCCCAAAAAGAGAAGAAGGCCAGACUCUGCAGAUGGCUUUCUUUCACCGAGUCAUUCCAGUAGAAAUGAGGAAAAGGACUGGGAAAACACCUCAACCACCUCUUCCAUUACAUCCAACACAGAGUAUACCGGACCAAGGCUCUACAAAGAGCCCAGUGCCAAAUCUAACAAGCACAUCAUCCAGAAUGCUCUCUCCCACUGCUGCCUCGCAGGCAAGGUCAAUGAGGGUCAAAAGAACAAGAUCCUGGAGGAAAUGGAAAAAUCAGAAGCUAAUAACUUCCUUGUUUUGUUCCGGGAUUCUGGCUGCCAGUUUCGCUCCCUCUACACCUACUGUCCCGAGUCGGAGGAGAUCGCCAAGCUCACAGGCAUUGGUCCAAAGAGCAUUACACGCAAAAUGAUAGACGGACUCUACAAAUACAACUCGGACAAGAAGCAGUUCAGUCAGAUACCGGCCAAAACCAUGUCGGCCAGCGUGGAUGCUGUGACCAUCCACAACCACCUCUGGCAAGCCAAGAAGCCAGCCACCCCUAAGAAAGUAGUGCCUGCACAAUCCUAAUAGAACCCUAUACCCUCAAUCAGUACCCAUCUCAGUUUACACUUCGCUGUACAUAUCCAUAAAGAUUCCAACACCUGCAAUGCCAGUUUGACGAAUGCAUCUCUGUCUUUUUUUAUGUUAAGUUUCUCCUCUCACUGCAUCCCUGUCUAUCCUGCAAACUAUGAACUCAAUGUGUCAGGAUGCAUCAGACUUUGAUCUGGAAUGUAUGAUACUAUUAAACAAAUGUUUGGCCACCUUUGGGUCGAUCUGUCAAGGUAUGCGCAAGUUUUAUUUAUGUGCCAAAAGUCAAAAAAGAGACAGAAUGAAUGCGAGGAUAUUUGGAAGCUCUGAAUGUUUUCAUGUACAGAUGGAUUUCUGUGUGUAUUAUGUAGAGCCUUAUGCAUAGGGUUUCCCGUGUCUGUGUGAGUGCAUUGAAGGAACGAUCAAACAGCAACUUUUUACGUGUUUUAAAGGAUACCUUUUACUUUAAUGUCUUCGGAUUUAACAGUUUGUAUGAAAUGGUCGUUAAAAAUUUCAAAAAGGGCCAAAAAAAUGAUAAAAAAAACAGCAUACAGCUAGUGUUAGCCACACAGUUCACGUGUGCUCAGCUCUACAAAGCCAAGCGGUUUCAGCUUUUACAGAACACUGAGGAGGCGACCUUAUGGAUUGGAAAACGUGGCUGUAGUUUACUGGUUCUCAACCAUUAGGACACGACUUCUUAAGUCAGUUAAUGCUAGGAUGGUCAAUGAAUGUAUGAUAUACAGGCAGUGGGGGUGUUUGCAUCUACAGCGAUAGAAGUAGAUGCAAAACUCACCUUAAAGGCUGCAAUGGAGAUUUCUGGAUUCAAAACUUUUACAGCAGGUUUGGAACAAAACAAAACAACUCAGUAUUAUUGCAUUUAUUAAAUGCUGCAAACUGCACCACGUAGGGAGCUUACGAUAUAAAAUUAUUAACGUAACACUUUCACCCGCUGGUUCAAAAACUGACUAAUUGUUACUUAUACCCUAGUUUAAGUCAGUCUGCUGGGAUUUUAACAGCUUUAAACACAAGAUUUACACUCUUUAAUAAAUCAGUCUAAACUUAAGACAACUUUCACAACUCCACAAAGCACCAAAAUGUAGUUAAUAUAUCAUUAUAAUGUCAUGAAAUAGGUCAGCCAUGCCUCUAAGUAGUGCCAAAUUCUAAGGAAAAUGUCCAGUAGGAAAUAAGUUUCCAUUUUUCUGCUUCGAUUGAUUUUUUGCUCACAAAUAGGUUUGACCACGAAUAAGUUAUUAGGUAGUGAGUGUGUGUACCAACAGCCUAUUUGUCUGAUGUCUUUAAUGCAACAUGUGUUAAAAAGGACAGCAGCGUGAUGAGGACAAUUAUGUUCAUUGCUAUUUUAAAAAAAUUAAGAGUAAGCUUGAUGCAAGAAAGAGCAUUUCAUGUGGAUCCAAGCUGCUGAAUACGGGUAAAGGCUCACCAAUCGUGUUAAUUUUGCCUCUGAAUGUUAGAAAAACACCAUGUGUGAGUUUUUUUUUUUUUUACUGAAUAAAUCCGUAAGCAUGGUGCUAUUAUUUUCCUAAGAGUGUGACUUUGAAUAAGGGGGGGAAUGGGGGGUAUUUAUUACCAGAAAAAACAUGUACAUUUUGAGAAACGUAAAAAAUGUGACAGAGGAAGAAAACUGUCCACAGGAGGCUUUUGGCUGAGGAAAAAGGGAUCAACGUGUAACGAUAGUGUACAGUGUGUUCAUGUGAGCUUUCUGUCUGCUACGAUGCCUUUGUUUGUGCUGUUGUUCAAUUUUGCGCAGUAGGUCCAUUUUUUGGAUUGGUUUUUGUUUUUGCAGUUAAUAAACUUCAGCAUGGCCUCAGUCUG